CAUGAGAAAUCACUCAUGCUGCAACAAGCAAAAGGUUAAGAGAGGACUAUGGUCACCAGAGGAAGAUGAGAAACUCAUCAACUACAUUACAGCCUACGGCCAUGGUUGCUGGAGCUCUCUCCCAAAACUUGCUGGCCUGCAGAGAUGUGGAAAGAGCUGUAGACUAAGAUGGUUAAAUUAUCUCAAACCUGACUUAAAACGUGGGAGCUUCUCUCCCCAAGAAGCUGCCCUCAUCAUUGAACUCCAGGGCAUUCUAGGAAACAAGUGGGCUCAGAUAGCCAAACAAUUACCAGGAAGAACAGAUAAUGAGGUUAAGAACUUUUGGAAUUCAAGCAUUAAGAAGAAGUUGAUUUCUCAUAAUGUUCAUGCCAUAACCACCUCUCCUGAUAUGCACUAUAACGGUAACUCUGAGGAAGGUUUUUUCUCUCUAAACGCAAACCCUAAUUGGACCCUAAGCUCUCAACAAGACCAACUGUACCUUCCCACUCCAACCCCAAUGUUGCAUGGCUUUGAUCAUGGUGAUCUUAAAUUAGACCAAACCAAUUAUGGUGCCAAUUUGGUUCAAUUUCCAACCCCGCCCCCAAUGGCAGCACCAUCGAAUUCUUCUUUUUAUGAUCCACUAUGGUCACUAGGCUAUCAACCUCAUGAAAAAUUUGAUCCUAAUCAAGAACUUCAAAAUUUCAGCACUGGUGGAGCAACACAGCAUUAUAUUGGUAAUAAACUUAUUGGUCCAAGUAUCACAGCACCACAUUAUGAUGAGAAUCCAUUAUCAUCCAUGAUUCCAAAACCUUGUGAAAAUAUUAGUGGUAAUUGCUGUGGCAUGCCUUACUUAUGUGCUUCACAAGACCUUGACCCACUUUCUAGACUCCCAUAUUUUCCAGCUAGUUUUGAUUAUCCACAUGAUCCAUACGUGCCCAACAAUCAUAUGGAGUAUAUGGAUAUGCCAUCAUGUCAUCAUCGUACUUGAUAAAAUUUGUCACAAACCCUAAUCCUCCUUCAAUUUGGGAGACUUAGACAUGGUACUCUGUUGGAGUUAGGUUCUGUCUAUUAAUUGAUGGACCUAAUUGAAACAAUGCAUUUAUUGCUUGUUAUGUGCACAAGACAUAGGAGAACCUUCUUUGGGAAACCUAAAAAUGUUUCUAGUUAAAGUGAGUAACGCUGGCUGAAGUUCAAAAAAUAUGUGUAGAUUAUUCAAGUUUGUCAGCUUAAUUAAUAAAUUUUAUGAAUUCCU